UCUGAGCUUACUCUGCUGGGUGGCCACACCUGUCAUCUUUUAAAGCGAGGAAGCGCUUUUACCAGCGUAGCGCGUUAUUUAGCGAGCAGCCGCGGAUGUUGCCGUGUUUCGAAUACGAUGCGUUUGCCAAACUGCGCGGUCUUCCGUGAUCUCUCACCCGUUCCCUGGCGUUUAUUGCGAGCACGGCUUCGCUCAGGUGCUCUCGUUUCUAAGCGCUUGGGUUGCCCGAAGCUCCGCACCACAACAGCCCGGAUGUAGCACACUGUCUUCGCAUCAAUACCGGAGUGUAAAGCACACUGGACAGUGAUAACAUGGCGCUGGCAGCAACAUAACGGUGCCCACAAUAAUAAUCCAAAAAAAUAUUCUAACCAACAGGACAUGUGAGGUCUUUAAAAGGCAGGUAAUGAAUGAUCACCUUUUGCAUAAAACCAGGAGGUUUCAAACUCAGUUCCUGGAGGGCCGGUUUGUCAGGCUUUUCCAACAUGUUUGGAAAGAAGAAGAAGAGGCUGGAGAUAUCGGCUCCCUCCAACUUCGAGCACCGGGUCCACACGGGCUUCGACCACCGCGAACAGAAGUUCACGGGCCUACCCCAGCAAUGGCAAAGCCUGCUGGCCGACACCGCCAACCGGCCCAAACCCAUGGUGGACCCCUCUUACAUCACACCCAUCCAGCUGGCCCCUAUGAAGAUAUCUCCCAAGAAAGUCCGGUCGUCUGAAACGCCCUUGCGAAAAACCAUCGUGCGCGGGAGCAGGCCGCAGAAGGACGCCUCCAUCAACGGCCUGCUGGAGGAGUUUGACAGCAUCUCCGUCACCCGCUCCAACUCCCUGCGCAAGGAGAGCCCGCCGGCGCCGCACCAGCCCGGCGCCAAGCCCGCCGGCCCCCCGCCCGAGGAGAACGGCUUCGGCCACUACUACGCCCGCUUCUCCUGCGACCUGGACAGCUCCCGGGACUUCCCGGCCGAGGGCUACAAGGACCGGGCGGGGCUGGAUGGGGAGUGGGGCGCGGGGCGGCCCUACAGGCCGGGCAAGCAGAACGGCCACUCCAUAAGGAGCCCCUUCUACCCGGACGCCAUGCCGCAGAAGUCGGACUAUGCUAAGAUGCCGCCGGACUACCACACCUACCUGGAGUCCAAGGUGAGGUCGGACGAGCUGGCGGGCGGCGGCAGGGACUACUACAGGGCCUCGGUGGGAAGCUCCGCCCAGGACUACCGCGAGCAGCCGCUGGGCACGCCCUCGCGGGCCUCCCUGCACAGCGAGCAGGCCCACUACCCCCCCGACGGGGACUGGGGGUACGGGUACCCCCGCGAGGACUACGAGAAGCGACCAAAGUCGUCCUACGUGACUCAGACCAGCCCCCAGCCAGCCAUUCGGCAGCGGUCCCGCUCCGGCUCCGGCCUGCAGGAGCCCAACCUGCCCUAUGGGGUCAGCGCCUUCAAAUCCACGCAGCAGGGCCAUUCCUACAGCUCCUACACCUACCCCCGACUCUCCGAAAACAUCAGCGCCUCCCAGGGGAUGACCAAGGGGGAGUAUGACAGGAUGUCCCGGGAUGGCAGCCCCACGGUACCCGGAGCCGAGACCUACCCCCGCGGACCUCUCAAACUACCUCAGAGCCAAGGCAAGCCAGGCUAUCCCAGCAGCUUCCAGUACCCCCCCACGUUCCACUACAAGCCCUCCCCCUACCACCACCCCCCAUCCCAGCCCAGCCCACCCUACACACCUCAGGGCGCCUACUCCCAGCCCUCGUCGCCCUACAUCCCGCCCGGGGCAUACCCGCCUCCCAGCUGGGGCUCGGCCUCGGACCAGCAGCCCUCGCGGGUGUCUCACGAGCAGUUCCGGGCGGCCCUGCAGCUGGUGGUGAACCCGGGCGACCCGCGCGAGUACCUGGACAACUUCAUCAAGAUCGGGGAGGGCUCCACGGGCAUCGUGUGCAUCGCCACGGAGAAGCACAGCGGCAAGCAGGUGGCGGUGAAGAAGAUGGACCUGCGGAAGCAGCAGAGGAGGGAGCUGCUCUUUAAUGAGGUGGUUAUAAUGAGAGACUACCACCACGAAAAUGUGGUCGACAUGUACAACAGCUACUUAGUCGGGGAUGAGCUGUGGGUUGUCAUGGAGUUCCUGGAGGGCGGGGCGCUGACUGACAUCGUCACUCAUACAAGGAUGAACGAGGAACAGAUUGCCACCGUCUGUCUGUCCGUCCUGAGGGCGCUGUCUUACCUUCACACGCAAGGGGUCAUCCACAGAGACAUCAAGAGUGACUCCAUUCUUCUCACCAGCGACGGACGGAUAAAACUGUCAGACUUUGGGUUCUGUGCCCAGGUGUCAAAGGAAGUUCCAAAGAGGAAGUCUCUGGUCGGCACUCCUUACUGGAUGGCCCCAGAGGUCAUUUCAAGGUUGCCCUAUGGCACUGAGGUGGACAUUUGGUCCUUGGGGAUCAUGGUGAUAGAGAUGGUGGACGGGGAGCCCCCCUACUUUAAUGAGCCCCCCCUCCAAGCCAUGAGGAGGAUCCGGGACAACCUCCCACCCAGGUUAAAAGAGCCCCACAAGGUGUCAUCCAUCCUGCGGGCCUUCUUGGACCUGAUGCUGGUGAGGGAGCCGUCUCAACGGGCCACCGCCCAAGAGCUCCUGCAGCACCCUUUCCUCAAGCUGUCCGGCCCCCCCUCCUGCAUCAUACCCCUCAUGAGGCACUACCGCCACCGCUGACCGGCCAGCAGGGCGGCGCCAUCCUUCACCGAAAAACUCAACUUCUGAACACUGACACCUUUACCAUAGCGUAGCGUAGGAAAAAAAAAAAGGAAAAAAGAAAAACCUGUCAGCUCCUGUUUUAAAAAGUAAAUAAAUAAAUAAGAUACCUGCUUCUGGAUGCAGCCUUCCGUGAAGGGCGCGCUGACGCCGGCCUUCUCCAGGCAGAGGUAAAGCAGAGGCCUGUGUGACGGGCGUUUGGAGCUGUUUUCUCUUUCAGAGGCAGUGCGGUUAGACUCACAGUGUGCAGUGAGCGAGUUAGCCGUCGACUAGCGCUUUAGGGGAUGCGGAAAGAUGGUCUGCCCCUCAGACGAGUGAGGUCGAUAGAGCCCUGGGAACGGCCACUCGGCUGUCAGAAUAACAGAUUGCAGCUCGUUCGGGGCCUGUUCGAGGAGCCGCGCUUAACCGAAAGUUGUGAGGCCAUUUCGCACU